GGUCGAGCCAAGACAGCCAUGGCGGUCGGCCCGUCCGCGAUGUCCACGACGAGCACGGCAUCCACGACGACGAGCACGACAUCGAGCUCGUCGACAUCCUCAUCGUCAAGCUCCGGGAGCACGUCCUUCUCCUCAAAUGGCACUGCCGCACUCAUCCUCGCUUUCCUCGCCAUCGGCCUGUUCGUCGGCGGAAUGCUCGCUAUGAUCGGUCUGCGCAGGCGCGCUCUGGGGCGGGCGCAGCGCUGGAUGGCGAGCGAUGUGCCGAGUCCUUUGUGGGCGCAUGAAUUCCCGGACACGGACGCCGACGGGCGGAGCAGACCCCGGAGGAAGAAGAAAGAUGUGGGCACACCGCCCACAUUAUAUGACAUUUACGCCCCUGUAAAGAGCGUAGACCCUGCAUCAUGGCAGAAUAUACUUCCUCUAUCCGCCAAAACAGUAUCUCAGAGCUCGCCGCGUCCGCCUGUACCAGAAAGCGAGGAUGUCGCCCAAGGUGGCCAUCAUCGAUGGCACUUCGAUGCCCUAGGAUUCUUCCACUGGCCUCCUGCGCCGACUGCUCCACCGUCCCCUCCCGCGCUCCCUGAGGCGAAGGUGGCAGUCGCCGUCGUAGUCGCCAUGCCGGUGCCUUCCGACGCUGAAUUCCUCCAACUCGACUACACUCUGGGUUUGACACAGCUCACGUCGAACUGUAGCUCAUCUACAUCCGACACGUCGAAAGCUGUAACCCUUGCCAAUAGUCGAAGUGACCAUCUACGAUAACCUUCGCAAUGUUUUCCACUGCUAUCCGUCUUCGUCAUCGCUCGCCGUGCCCUGCAACCUGCGUCUGUAUCAACUACGGAAUAUCGUGUCUGUAUCUCGUAUCCACUCGUCUAUCGUAAU